AUGAAGUGGAUACUGUUCCUUGGGGCCCUUAUUGGGCCCAGUCUCUGUGGCCGAGAAGAGUUUCGUGGGGACCAAGUUUUUAGAAUUAAUGUCAGGAAUGGAGACGAGAUCAGCAAACUAAAUGAGCUCGUGAAUUCAGACAACUUUAAACUCAACCUCUGGAAAUCUUUCUCCAACUUGGGGCUUCCCGUGGAUAUCCUGGUCCCGUCUGUCAAUCUGCAGCCAGUCGAGUUCUUCCUCAAGUCCCAAGGCUUAGAUUACUCAGUGACAAUUGAAGAUCUGCAGGUCCUGUUAGAUAAAGAAAAUGAAGAAAUGCAACACAACGAAGAGCAAGAACGGAGCAGUAAUAACUUCAACUAUGGGGCCUAUCAUUCCCUGGAAGGUAUUUAUCAGGAGAUGGACAGCAUUGCCAGACAAUUUCCUGACCUGGCGAGCAGGGUGAAGAUUGGACAUUCGUUUGAAAACAGGCCGAUGUAUGUACUGAAGUUCAGCGCGGGAGAGGGCAGUCGGAGGCCGGCCAUUUGGCUGAAUGCAGGCAUUCAUUCCCGGGAGUGGAUCUCGCAGGCCACCGCCAUGUGGACCGCGAGGAAGAUUGCAUCCGGUUACGGGAAGGAUCCAGCUGUCACCUCCAUCUUGGAGAAAAUGGAUAUUUUCUUGUUGCCAGUGGCCAAUCCUGAUGGAUAUGUAUACACACACACUCAUAACCGACUUUGGAGGAAGACACGGUCCCUCCAUCCUGGAAGCUCCUGCAUUGGUGUUGAUCCGAAUAGAAAUUGGAACGCUAGUUUUGCCGGAGGGGGAGCCAGUGACAAUCCUUGCUCUGAGGUGUACCACGGACCCCAUGCCAACUCAGAAGUGGAGGUGAAAUCGGUGGUAGAUUUCAUUCAAAAGCACGGGAAUUUCAAAUGCUUCAUCGACCUGCAUAGCUACUCACAGCUGUUGAUGUAUCCGUAUGGGUACACAGAAAAAAAGGCCCAAGAUGCUGUUGAGCUGGACAAGGUGGCGAGGCUCGCGGCCAAAGCGCUGGCUUCCCUGUCGGGCACUCAGUACCAAGUGGGCUCCACCUGCACCACUGUCUAUAAGGCCAGCGGCAGCAGCACUGACUGGGCGUACGAUAAUGGCAUCAAGUAUGCAUUCACUUUUGAGCUAAGAGAUACGGGGCACUAUGGCUUCCUCCUGCCGGCCAAACAGAUCAUUCCCACUGCAAAGGAGACCUGGCUGGGGCUGAAGACCAUCAUGGAGCACGUGCGGGACAACCUCUACUAG